CCCCACCUCCGCUCCUCAGCGGUCUCAUGACUUGCGCCUGGCAACCAACCCAAACCACUUCAAGUCAAGCCUCGCGCGUGACUGUACGAUCUACCAGCCCGAUCCCAUAAAUAGAGCCAGAAACGCCGAGGACCAUGUCCCAAAAUGGCGGCGACACAACCAAAUCGUCGUCGCCAGGACGCCCGCGGCAUCAAAUAACAAGGUCAAUUUCCGAAAUUUCGUCACCGAUUCGCCUGCAUCGCCGACAUUCGUAUCGAGCAGGAAACGAAGGCGAGCGCGAAUCGCGCGCUUCAGCUCCGCAGUCCGCGAUACUCGCCGUCCAAGGGAAACGUUCAUUCGAGUUGCCUCGCUCCGAGGGAGUCACCCCAAAUCUCACCCCCAGCGCGAGCCGACGGACGAGUGUGCUCUAUGCCUCAGCUGACGAGGGGAUGCCGGCGGCGGAGGCUCCAAAGGAGAAUGUGUUGCUCAACGGGCUCUCCAGGGAACAACAACAUGCAGCAGCCCGGGAGAGUGGCCUGCAACGAUCGCUAGCAGAACUCGGGUCUUUUGCAACGACAACAACAAAGCAGCUUGACGACGCAUACUACGCUUUUGUGGAGAAGCUUAGCGCGUUGCAAGGCACCAUCAUCGCACUCAAGGAGCUCUGCGAACGUUCCCGGCAGCUGAACGACAGAUUUAACACGGAGGCCGACGAUUUGGUUACAGACAUAAGUGCACAACUAGACACAUUCAGGCAGUUUGAGGAUCAGCAGAAGCGCAUUGAGUUGCUCCAGGGUCGCAUCCAAGCGGGGAGGGAGCGCAUCAAGUCGCUGAGCGAGCGAGUCGAUGCCGUAAGUACGCGGAUCGAAAGCUGGGAGCGAGCAGACCGGGAAUGGCAGGAGAAAACUAGGAAGCGCCUCAAAGCCAUCUGGGUCGUCACGUCUGUCGUCUUCUUCCUGGUCCUUUCGCUCUUCAUUGGCUUCCAAUAUGUGCCCGAAAACGCGGAGAGCAAAACAAUCCACGUCGCGAGUCAAGGCCUGACUAGCAUCAGGGAUUCGUCUGGAGCAGACCCAGAAGCGUCUCCAAGCGCUCAAAAGUCCGAACCAUAUGGAAAUGGCUGGUCAUUGAACCGGACAAGAUCCUUAGGGCAAUCAUCUCAAAUGGUUGACAUGCUCAGGGCAUUCGACGAAUUGUAAGCAUACACAUCAAAAGAGGUCUGACGGCACAAGGAUACCCAACUGUUGCUGCGUUGUCAAGUCUUGGUAACCGAGCGGUAGCAUUAUCCGUAACAAACGAUUGUUUCUUUACUCAGUCCCACAGCAACUACCUGGUAACUUGGUUUUUGGUUU